UAUGCCACAUAUUCUCACACGAGUCACUCUUCUUAGUGAUACUUAUCCUUUGCUGAACCUUGUUGUGAUCUGACAUGGCAGAAGAACAACAACGACGGAUCCUGGUGGCCGUGGAUGAAGGCGAGGAGAGCAUGUAUGCUCUCUCAUGGUGCCUUAAGAACCUUGCUUUUCAAAAUUCCAAAGACACCCUUCUUCUUCUCUACGUCAAACCCCCUCGAGUCACUUAUUCAGCCUUCGAUGGCACAGGAUAUUUGUUUUCCUCUGACAUAACGGCUACCAUGGAGAGGUAUAGCCAACAAGUGGCCGAUUGCGUCUUGGAGAAAGCCAAGAAAUUGUGUAACAAUAUUGAAAAUGUAGAGACGAGGGUAGAGAAUGGCGAUCCAAGGGACGUGAUUUGUCAGAUGGUUCAAAAGUUGGGUGCUGAUGUCUUAGUCAUGGGAAGCCAUGGUUAUGGUCUCAUCAAGAGGGCUUUCCUUGGAAGCGUCAGCAAUCACUGUGCACAGAACGUGAAGUGCCCGGUUUUGAUUGUUAAGAAGCCAAAACCAACCACCGGAGAAACAUAAUAAUGAUAAUAAUAAUAAAUUAAUCGUUACUAGCUUUGUUUUUAUGUAAAAAAUAGACAACCAGUUUGCUUCUGUCGCUUAUGUGUUAUUUGGGCUCUGUGUGUUUUGUUUGUUUCUCCUCUAAAGGAAUAUCUCGCCAAAUAUUAAAUGUUAAAGGCUAAGUGAAGAUGAGGAUGCACGCCUUUUGGUUUUGACUUUAUUAUUUUCUAUUCAAAAGUUUCCUAUUCGUUUGUUACUUUUACAUAAUUUGUACUCCAUGUUGAACUAUUGAAUAUUGAUAAUGCUCCUAAA